AUGAACUACCGAUUGGGUAUCCUGGGCUACCUGGCGCUUCCUGAGCUCCGAGACCCUCAGGCCAAUCUAACCGUCGGCAACUGGGGCCUCCUGGACCAGCGCCUGGCGUUGCAGUGGGUGCGUGACAACAUCGGCGCUUUCGGCGGUGAUCCGAAGAAGGUGGUGUUGUCCGGGGAGAGCGCGGGGGCAUACUCCACUUUGCUGCACCUGGUGGCUCCUGGCUCCAAGGGACUGUUCUCCGCGGCCGCGUCCUUCAGCGGGAGCGCGGACGCCAUGGCUGUGGAUUUCCUGCGUGACGCGUACCGGAAAGGUUCCACCCUGCGUACGACACUCAACUGCUCAAGCUCCAACGCCCUGGCUCGUGGCUAUGCCAGUACCGGGGACUGUCUGCGAGCGGUGGAUGCGGACACGCUCCUGGCGGUACAGGAUGAGAUUAGCUCAAGGACUGUAGAUUCCUUCAUCCCCACCAUUGACGGCAUCUUCAUGCCCAGACAUCCCGUGAGGCUCAUGCAGCUCGGCAACGCCACCAAGGUUCCAGUGUUACUUGGAGUCAACGCCAACGAGGGAGCUUUGGAGGUUCUUGGUCAAACCCGCGGCUUGGACCCCAUUGACGUGGAGGGCUUUUUCACCGUUGUGAACAGCCUGAUCCCCAUUUCGCCAUCCUUCAACGAACGGCUGUACCAGCAGUACAACGCGGACGAGUACUAUGGCGGCAGUUGGCUUCUUUCAGCUAUCAAUGUGAUUACAGAUGGCGGCUACCACUGCCCCUCCCGCCGCGUUGCCAAGCUCCUGUCCGCCCAGGGACUCACCGUGCGGUACCACAUCCUGCAGGCGUCGAAACCCAACACAGGGUGUCCGCUGUUCGUGACUACUGGCUUGUUCUUUGGCGAGGAGUUCACCAACUUCAUGGAUGCGUUCCACUCUUAUGACAUUCCCUUCACCUUCCUAGCGCCGUACCGUUAUCCGUUCAACCAGUGUCCCUUCACACCUAACGAGACGCAGCUUGCGUCGUACUUGUCGGGUAUCAUCAACGCCAUGGCCGCCACUGGUUCUCCCCUGCCGCCGCGCACCAGCUCCCUCACCUCCCGCCUGCUCAAGAACACCCCAAGCUGGAAGCCCUGGACCGCCACCUCGAACCCCGUCAUGAACAUAGACACGGCUGGACCACGGGUGUUUGAGGCGGCUGACCUGCUGCUGGAUGCCAAGUGUCAAUUCUGGGACGACCUCCUGAACGCGGACAUAACCGCGGGCACUGCCUUCCACAGCUGAAGAAGUAAAUACCGCACGUAAGGAUAGAUCUUUCACUUUUGCUGGAAUUGUGGGCUCGCGAUUAAUAAUAAUGAUCAAACACGUGCCACCAGGCCGCGGUAGGUGUGCAACGGCACGAGGCAUAUCCACCAGCCGCGGUCCAAAGCUGUCCCUAGCUCGCAGCAGUGUCUGGUGUCCCGUCGAGCCUGUUGGAUAUCGCCGCGGAUUGCCUCCCCGAGCUUACCUAGCUGCUAAGGCUGAUCCAAUCUCCAUACCUUUUAAAUAGAUCAUAACCUGCUGUCGAUAUAGCAGGAAAUGUAAAAAUUUCAUCUCACCUGGAUGAACCGCGUUGAAGCAUCUUGGAGAAGUAGGAUGUCUGAAAAAUCGCUGUAAUUUAAUCCUCCCGGAGGGGGCGAGCGGGGUUUUCUCGGUUUGUUAGUCUGUUUGCUGUUGUGCCGCAUCUUUAACAAGUAGCUGGCGUGUUUUAUUACAGUUCACCUUUUUGAAGCAAAAGGGCGUCGAAGCAGCAGCAAUGUUGCGAUUCCGAUGAUGGGCAGCGAGGGCCAAGGUCAUGCUGGUGAUGUUGGUGAUGCUGCUCCUGCAAACACGUGGUGAUGAUGGCGGUGGUAGUCAUGUUGGUGGUGGUGGUGCUGCUGCCGCUGCGUAUUGGUACAUUAACUUCUGACCGUUAUUAUCUCUCCGCUAACCUCUAUCCGCAGUCCGCAGUCCUUACUGCUAAAUCCGCAAUGAAGUCGCGACAGCAAGUGUUGUGCUCUUCGGAUGAACUAUAACAACAGCAUAUAAGCUGUCGAAAACUUGCAAACCAUGUCGAUGCGUUUUUUGAAGCUCCCGAAUUUCGUUUUUUUCGAAGCUUUCCCUCUUUGGCUGCGUGCCGUGCUCUGCAGAUCGGGCAAGUUAGGAACUAAUGCUUCCUCCAGACGCCAACUGGAGCCAGUUCCUUUCACUUUCGCUGAGGCAGUGUUUUCGUUCGGCGGACAGGGUUCGGGGUCUUAAUAUACAAUAUAUAUUAUUGUUGUAUUAUUCAUAAAAUUGCGGCGCCGUCCAGUGCUCACGCGCACGGCCAAGAAUCUAGUCGCUCCCGUCUGCACAUAACGACCCUUGGUCGCGUUCAGGACAUACUUUCCAUAUGCAUCGGCCUAAUGAAGCCGUACCGUACCGUACCGUGCCGUACAUGGGGUCUUCACACAAACAUGCUUGCUUGCUUUUACAACAUACGUUUCUGCUGCAACAACAGAUAGACGCUUGAAACACCAGACGCAAUGUUCGCGCGGGAAAUGCACAGGAACCCUUCUUACAAAGCUAAGCGUGCACGUGCUUGUGUCUCGAGAUGAACUUGAACUCUCGGGCAAGGCGGCAUGCGCGGUUCUUUCAGUUAUCCUUGGCUAUGUAU